ACGGAUACUCCUGAAAGAAGAUUAAAUGGUGGUCAUGGUCAUACGCUUUGGAAAUGAAUAGUUUGCCUUGUGAAGUUCUAGAACAUAUUUAUUCGUUUUUGAAUUUUUAUGACUAUCUUCGUGCAACGGAGGUAUGUCGUUUCUGGAACGAGUUAUUCACAUCCAAGAUUUCAAGAAAUGGCAUUCUACAGCUUUCGCAACGCUUGCUGACAAUCAGAAACGAGACUUUUUACAUAGUUCUAUAUCAUUUUUCUAAAGCCAGCAGAGUGUAUCAUAACAUUAUGUUUAACGGAAUAGAUUUCUUAAGUUUGGAUCGAAGAACAGAACUGCAGUUUGUAGUGUUUCUAGCCAACGUAGGCAUGAAUGUGAAAAACAUAAUUUUACUAGACUGCAAUAUAGGAAUUUCCAAGUUAUGCCAAAUAUGCAGUGUAAUUAAACAAUUAGAAAUCCUCAAAAUCGAUAGAUGCAGUGUCCAAUAUGAUGUACUAUUAUUGCCUGAAUUUUUAUUAAGCUUCAAAGCUUUAAAGAAAAUAAACAUUCAAAACCUUAAGACAGAAAAUGAAGAAAUCGUUGAUUUUAUAACAAAUGGCAAUUCGGCAAUUAUUGAUUUGGCUAUCAACGAUGGUUACAUAGACGAGAGGACGGAAAUAUUUUCAAAUGUUGAACGGUUGAAAAGUCUAUCCUGUACAUUUUACCACAGCGGGUCAUUGCUAAAUCUACUGAGUCAUCCAAAAUUGAAUCUCAAUUCACUACAGCUGCAGCGCAAGCCGGCCGAUCAAUUUCAUAUGUAUAAUAUUACUAACAUAAUACUCGCUCAAUGCAACCUGCGUGAGUUUUAUCUUAAUACUGCUCUCACGAUAGAGAUGCUUAUUGAAAUAUCAGUGAACUUAGUUUGCUUGGAAGUGCUGUCUAUUACGAUUGAUGGUUUAAACCCUCCUGUGUGUACAACAAUAACGUGGCCAAACCUGCGGGUGCUUCGUAUGUCUUGCGUGUCCUACAUUGAUAUAUUACUAAGCUCCAUGGUCUUCAGGAAGCUCGAAGAACUUCACAUACACACAGAACGCUUACCAAAAGACGCAAUGAGAAUAAUUUAUGAAAAAGGUUUAGAUCUGAAAAAUCUUACUUUGUCAACUUUAUCUUUGCUGCGUUGUGAAGAAUCUCUCGGAAUAAUUGGAAAUAAAUUGCCAAACUUAAAUGCAAUUGAAGUACAUUGCAGCACAAAUACAGAUUUUCAGGCUUUUCUGAGAUCAGCGGAGACUUUGAAGCGGCUUAAAACUCUACAAUUUGUUUACUGUGAAAAAAUAACAGAUAGUACAAUUGGAUCCGUAGAUAUGCCGUAUUUGUUUUCAUUUAAUCUCAGUUACAACAGACAGAUCUCAAAUGUUGGUCUUAAACAAAUGUUCACUAAAUGCAUUCGAAUCAAGCAUUUAAGUCUAUGCGGGUGUCCAGGUGUCAAUGAUGAUGUUAUUGAAAUGAUUGCAGCAAGACUUCCUGGUUUGGAAAAUUUGAAUAUUAGUGAAUCUUCGGAAAUUACUCUAAACAGCAUUCGACAUAUAAUAAAUGGACUACGAUUUUUAACAAGCCUGCGACUGGAUAAUUGCCGACGUAUACUCAGUCAGUGGCGAUUUGCACCACAAUAUAUAGACAAUAUCGAAUGUCUUAGGCGGUACCACGACACAUAUCCAGAGUUUUUCUACUAUAAUCUACCAAUUGAAAAAGCGGCAAGGGUCAAUUACUUCGAUUUUUUAUACUAUGAUAGUAAUGAAGAUUCUUCCGAAAUAGAUGAAUUUCACUAAACUAAUUUAAAUACCAAAAGAUAAAUAAUCACGAUUAUCGGCUAAACGAUGAAAACGA